AUGACCACCUGUCUUAUGGGGAAACGGGGUUGCCGGUCCCUCCUUUCGGCUGCACCUUUUCUACAGCUACAUAAUAUAUUAUGUUUCAAUUUAUUUUCAGCACCGAAUUGGGAGCAUGUACUAGCAGUUGCAAAUGAAGAAGGAUUUGUUAGACUCUAUGAUACUGAAGCUCAAGCUACCAGGAAACUCAUCUUUAAAGAAUGGCAGGCUCACUCAAAUGCUGUAUUUGACCUUGCCUGGGUACCAGGGGAACACAGGAUUGUCACUGCUUCAGGAGAUCAGACAGCCAAGGUGUGGGAUGUGAGAGCCGGCGAGCUUCUUGGCAUAUGCAAAGGUCACCAGUGUAGCCUCAAGUCAGUUGCUUUUUCUAGAUUUGAGAAAGCUGUCUUCUGUACUGGAGGCAGAGAUGGAAACAUCAUGGUUUGGGAUACCAGAUGCAACAAGAAAGAUGGAUUUUACAGGCAGGUGAAACAAAUCAGUGGUGCACACAAUGUGACUGACAAGCAGACUCCUUCUAAACCUAAGAAGAAGAGGCAGAACUUAAGAGGACUUGCUCCCUUGGUGGAUUUCCAGCAGAGUGUAACUGUGGUGCUGCUUCAGGACGAGCACACUCUUAUCUCUGCAGGAGCUGUUGAUGGUGUGAUCAAAGUAUGGGACUUGCGUAAGAACUAUGCUGCUUACCGUCAGGACCCGGUGCCCUGCAAGUCUUUUUGCUACCCUGGAACCAGUACUCGCAAACUUGGAUAUUCUAGCCUAGUUUUGGAUUCCACUGGUACUAAUCUGUUUGCUAACUGCACUGAUGACAGUAUCUACAUGUUCAAUAUGACAAGUUUAAAGACCGCUCCAGUGGCUGUUUUCAGUGGGCACCAAAAUUCAACCUUCUACAUCAAAUCCAGCACCAGCCCAGACGACCAGUUCCUGGUCAGUGGUUCGAGUGACUGCAACGCAUACAUCUGGAAGGUUUCUGAGCCCAACCUUCCUCCAUGGAUACUCCUCGGUCACUCUCAAGAAGUUACCUCCAUUGCUUGGUGUCCUUCAGACUACACUAAGAUUGCCACAUGCUCUGAUGACAACACUGUGAGGAUUUGGCGCUUACGACGUCUUCCUGAGGAGGAGAAAUCAGCAUCCAGAAAAAUCAAUUUGGUGGGCUGGGUCACUCAGAAAAAAACAGAAGAACAGCGUGGAGCAGGACAGCCAGCCAGCCCACAGAAUACUCCUGCCAAGGCCUUCACAGUGGGCAGUGCAUGUAUUUCCUCACCACGGCCGGCUGCCUGUGCUCCCAUUUAUUCUGGAGACCUUCCGCUGUCAACAAACACUCCGACGGCUGCUCUCAAAUCCCAGACAGCCACAGCCUCCACCCCAGCCAAGCAGACUGAAGCCAGCCCAUGUGCAUCUCCCAAAGUGAUCUCUUCCUCCAAAAUGUCCAUUAAACGUUGGGUUACAAGGACUCCAUGCUCUUCUCCUCCAGAAGUGGGGAAAAAGGCUCCUUCUCCUAGAAAAGCCCUGGCAGAAGUCACCCAAGGUCUCCUGGAAGCUGCCUGCCCUCCUAAAGCACCACACACGCAGUUUGAAAAGCGUGCCAAGAGAAGGCUUGACUGCAGCAAGGAGGAUGAUGUGGGGCACAAGUGUCUGCAGGCCUGUAGCUGUGUGACUGAACUGGACCAUGGAGCUAAGAAAUCCAAACUGAAUUUGUGUCACUUGAUUCCAGACCAAAAAGCUUGUGAUGAAGACUGUCUCAGCCAGGCUGACUUGGGUAAUGACUACGAAGGCUCCAGCCACAGCCCAAAAGAGCCUUCCUUUUCUGGAAGCCGUAUUAAUCCAUCAGGUGUUCAAACUUCCCCCCAUCUUUUCAGAUCCCCAUGUGGGAAAGGCACUGAGGUAGUAGAUAAAGAGAAUAGUUCUCCUGAAAGAAAAAAUUGGUUGUCUGCUCUGGGAGAGAAGCUACGGAUUGGCAGACCUGGCAGCCAGAGCACGUCAGACAGCUCCCCAUCAUCUUGCAGUCCUGUUGCCAAAAGACAAGAGUCUGUGGCAGUGGCCACUUCACCAAAAACUGCUGCAACCACUUCAGUUUCCAUGAGGAAGAUCUGCACAUACUUCCACAGAAAGCCACAGAAUGAAGGAGCAUGCGGCGGUUGCACCUGAUGGAUGUUGACACUGAGGUAUCAAGACCAGACUUAACAACGCCAAAAACGAUGCACCAGGAUUACACAAUUUGUUGUCAGACAUUCAUAGACUUGAGGUUUUAGUCUUCCUGUUUUUAAAGCUGUUAACAGUUGAAGUCAGCUGAAUGUGUAAAAUCUACACUAUACUUACUCAUGGUCUCUUACUGACUUCAGAUAUGUAUUUUUUUAAUAAACAGUGUUUAUUAAACUGUUUAUGGCAACUGUUAUAGUCCAAAGACAGCAACAGCUCUGCUGUUUAUUGUUGACAGGCACAUAUAGCUUGGCAGUUUGUUACUAAUCUGCUGUUGAAACGCCUAUACUUAAGAAUAGCGUGUAAAU